AGAAAUAGCACACAACCACCGUGAGCUGUAUGCGAUUCAGAAACCAAGACCAAAUUUUGUUCACUUUCAUUAAUCAGUUGCUCAGAGAGAAGGAAAUGACAUCUGGUCCUGUCUUCUUCUACAUCUUAAUUAUUGGAAAAUAUUUAUUUCCUCCUAAAGAAUGAAAUUUCAAACUAUUUUUUAUUAACACUCCAUCUCCCACCUAGAAUCAAAUAAUAUUACAACAGCUGGUACUGCCCCUUCCUUUGACACAGAAGAAAACCUAAAAUCCAGUAAGACAGAGUGGCAUGCCAAAUUUGCCCAUCAAUUUAAUGGCACAUCCAAGAAUAAAGCAAAACUCUACUGAAUACCAAUAUAGUAGUAUCUGCCUUUGAGGAUUCUUGGUGCAUAUUUUUGCAUUCCGCCCUGUUUGGUCCAUUUUGUCCCUGCCUUGGGCAUUUAAAUAUAAAGAUUCCCAUGAGGUUGGAUCAGUUCAGCUGUUUAUUUCUAGAAAUGUCUAUAAAGAGAAAAACUAACAAGAGAACCAUCGUUUUAUUGUUUUAAUUUACUUCAUAAAUAUAAAUGAAAGAGAAUCUAGAGCCAUUGUCUUCAUUGGAAAUCAUUGUUCCAAAUGAACCACGAGUCUGAGUUUGUAAAGCUGCCAUUUCCAAUAUCUCUGUUGAGAAAUAUGUCUAUUUACAUACAUAAUGUCUGUUUCUGACCUUGUGGGACAAUAACUUGGAAUGCCCUGAGCCAUACGAACAGAAAAUACUCUGAUGAGACAGCAUUUCAUCCUUGCACUGAAGGAUUUCAAAAGAGGAACAGCCCACCCAGAAUGGACAUGGUCAUAGAGGAAUUUAUCACGGGGAUGGACAGGAUGUCAAGUGCUCCCUUGGCUAUUUCCCCUGUGGGAACAUCACAAAGUGCUUGCCUCAGCUCCUGCACUGUAACGGUGUGGACGACUGUGGGAAUCAGGCCGAUGAGGACAACUGUGGAGACAACAAUGGAUGGUCUCUGCAAUUUGACAAAUAUUUUGCCAGUUACUCCAAAAUGACUUCCCCAUAUCCCUUUGAGGCAGAAACACCUGAAUGUUUGGUCGGUUCUGUGCCAGUGCAAUGUCUUUGCCAAGGUCUGGAGCUUGACUGUGAUGAAACCAAUUUACGAGCUGUUCCAUCAGUUUCUUCAAAUGUGACUGCAAUGUCACUUCAGUGGAACUUAAUAAGAAAGCUUCCUCCUGAUUGCUUCAAGAAUUAUCAUGAUCUUCAGAAGCUGUACUUGCAAAACAAUAAGAUUACAUCCAUCUCCAUCUAUGCUUUCAGAGGACUGAAUAGCCUUACUAAACUGUAUCUUAGUCAUAACAGAAUAACCUUCCUGAAGCCGGGUGUUUUUGAAGAUCUUCACAGACUAGAAUGGCUGAUAAUUGAAGAUAAUCACCUCAGUCGAAUUUCCCCACCAAUGUUUUAUGGACUAAAUUCUCUUAUUCUCUUAGUCCUGAUGAAUAAUGUCCUCACCCGUUUACCUGACAAACCUCUCUGUCAACACAUGCCGAGACUACAUUGGCUAGUGAUGAGGAAAAACAAAAUUAAUCACUUAAAUGAAAAUACUUUUGCACCUCUCCAGAAACUGGAUGAAUUGGAUUUAGGAAGUAAUAAGAUUGAAAAUCUUCCACCGCUUAUAUUCAAGGACCUGAAGGAGCUGUCACAAUUGAAUCUUUCCUAUAAUCCAAUCCAGAAAAUUCAAGCAAACCAAUUUGAUUAUCUUGCCAAACUCAAGUCUCUCAGCCUAGAAGGGAUUGAAAUUUCAAAUAUCCAACAAAGGAUGUUUAGACCUCUUAUGAAUCUCUCUCACAUAUAUUUUAAGAAAUUCCAGUACUGUGGGUAUGCACCACAUGUUCGCAGCUGUAAACCAAACACUGAUGGAAUUUCAUCUCUAGAGAAUCUCUUGGCAAGCAUUAUUCAGAGAGUAUUUGUCUGGGUUGUAUCUGCAGUUACCUGCUUUGGAAACAUUUUUGUCAUUUGCAUGCGACCUUAUAUCAGGUCUGAGAACAAGCUGUAUGCCAUGUCAAUCAUUUCUCUCUGCUGUGCCGACUGCUUAAUGGGAAUAUAUUUAUUCGUGAUCGGAGGCUUUGACCUAAAGUUUCGUGGAGAAUACAAUAAGCAUGCGCAGCUGUGGAUGGAGAGUACUCAUUGUCAGCUUGUAGGAUCUUUGGCCAUUCUGUCCACAGAAGUAUCAGUUUUACUGUUAACAUUUCUGACACUGGAAAAAUACAUCUGCAUUGUCUAUCCUUUUAGAUGUGUGAGACCUGGAAAAUGCAGAACAAUUACAGUUCUGAUUCUCAUUUGGAUUACUGGGUUUAUAGUGGCUUUCAUUCCAUUGAGCAAUAAGGAAUUUUUCAAAAACUACUAUGGCACCAAUGGAGUAUGCUUCCCUCUUCAUUCAGAAGACAAAGAAAGUAUUGGAGCCCAGAUUUAUUCAGUGGCAAUUUUUCUUGGUAUUAAUUUGGCUGCAUUUAUCAUCAUAGUUUUUUCCUAUGGAAGCAUGUUUUAUAGUGUUCAUCAAAGUGCCAUAACAGCAACUGAAAUACAGAAUCAAGUUAAAAAAGAGAUGAUCCUUGCCAAACGUUUUUUCUUUAUAGUAUUUACUGAUGCAUUAUGCUGGAUACCCAUUUUUGUACUGAAAUUUCUUUCACUGCUUCAGGUAGAAAUACCAGGUACCAUAACCUCUUGGGUAGUGAUUUUUAUUCUGCCCAUCAACAGUGCUUUGAACCCAAUUCUCUAUACUCUGACCACAAGACCAUUCAAAGAAAUGAUGCAUCAGUUUUGGUAUAACUACAGACAAAGAAGAUCUAUGGACAGCAAAGGUCAGAAAACAUACGCUCCAUCGUUCAUCUGGGUGGAAAUGUGGCCACUGCAGGAGAUGCCACCUGAGUUAAUGAAGCCGGACCUUUUCACAUACCCCUGUGAAAUGUCACUGAUUUCUCAAUCAACAAGACUCAAUUCCUAUUCAUGACUGACUCUGAAACUCAUUUCUUCACAGAGAAUACUGUGGGGGUGCUUCAUGAGGGAUUUACUGGUAUGAAAUGAAUACCACAAAAUUAAUUUAUAAUAAUGGCUAAGAUAAAUAGUUUACAAGGACAUGAGGAAAAAUAAAAAGGACUAAUGCUCUUAUAAAGGGAAGUAAUUAUAUCAAUUAUAUAUAUAUAUAUAUUAGUAGACAUUUUACAUAAGAAAUUAAGAGAAAUCUACUUCAGUAACAUUCAUUCAUUUUUCUAACAUGCAUUUAUUGAGUACCCACUACUAUGUGCAUAGCAUUGCAAUAAAUUCCUGGAAGUAGACAGUGCAGAACCUUUCAAUCUGUAGAUUGUGUUUAAUUACAAAAGACUAUACAAAGUCCAUCUGCAGUUCCUAAAGUAGAGCUUUGCCUGUCAUGUGCAUCAGCAAGAAUCAUAGGCACUUUUAAAUAAAGGUUUGAAGUUUUGGAAUACUCAUUGUAAUUGCAUCAUAGAAAAUGUCUGACUGUUUGCAAAAUAAUAUUCUGUUUUAAGAAUCCAUCUUACCUCUCUUUAAGUCUCCAUACAUUUGAAAGCCAACACAACAUAUUUAUUAUUAUGAAAAAAGAUGCUUUGCUAGAAACACAAAAACAGCACUUCUUUUGGCACUUCCUGCCCAAUUUUCUCUUUGCUUUAAAUGAACAUCAUCAAAUGAGAUUGAAAUAGGAGAGUAUAAGUACUGCAGAGAAGUGGAUCGGAAAAGCUAGGAUGAGGAUAAACAUUUAGAUCAGUGGAAACUCCUAAAAUAAAUCCUCGUAUGGUCAGUUAACUGAUUUUCAACAAGGAGGCCAAGACAAACAUAAAAAGGCUUUGCAACAAACCGCGCUGUUUUAAGAACAGACUUAAGUGGUUUAAUUCACCCACUUUAGAUGGGUGAAUGUUAUGGUAUGUGAAAUAUCUCAAUAAAGCAGUUAAAACGAAAAAGAGCUAGAAUGCACUGAUUCAGGAACUUAAUUUCAGGAAGGGAAGUUUAUGUACAUAUGUACAUGUUUCACUUUAAGCAGAAAAUCAUUCUUCAAGAAAUGACUUUACCUUCUCUUUAAUCUGCCAGCACGUAAGAUACUAACUUCUUAACUAGUUGUUCUUCUCUAGUCUCUAAGUUAUUAGAAUUUUUGCUUUCAUAAUUUAAAACCUUUAAGUAGGAGAAGAAAAUGUUUUCAGAUAGUUUCAAAUAUACCAAAAACAUCUGAAACACAAAAAUACUGGAAUCAAACCAUAAUGCACUUAUCAAAUAUAUAGUUGUAUAGAUUUAUUUUGAAAAUAAAUUAUCUGAAAUUUAACU